GUCUCGUAACCAAAUCAUCAAAACCAAAAGCAGAAACGAAGCAGCUCUCUCGCCUCCACUUCUUAGCUAGAAUCACAGAAAUCUCCCGAAAAUGUCUGGUCGUGGAAAGGGCGGUAAGGGUUUGGGCAAAGGAGGCGCAAAGCGUCACAGAAAGGUUUUGCGAGAUAACAUCCAGGGUAUCACGAAGCCUGCGAUUCGUCGUCUUGCGAGAAGAGGAGGUGUUAAGAGGAUCAGCGGUCUCAUCUAUGAAGAAACGAGAGGUGUUCUUAAGAUCUUUCUUGAGAAUGUUAUUCGUGAUGCUGUGACUUACACAGAGCACGCAAGGAGGAAAACUGUGACGGCCAUGGAUGUCGUUUAUGCCCUGAAGAGGCAGGGUAGAACCCUUUACGGCUUCGGCGGCUAAGUCAUUUCUUAGGGUUUCUCAUCCUCUGCUCUUCUUCCUCUAACAAAUCAACGGUGAUUGUAGAAGAAACUUGUAUUUUAGGCUGUAAUUGCUUUUAAACCCCACUGUAGUUAAUGGCUUCUACCUUUCUUCUUUCAGAGGAAUCGUAUUUCAUUUUGAAUCGCUGAUUUAAAAUUUUCAAUUUCUAUUUCCCCCUUUUCAA